UCCUUCAGACCCUCCGGGUGCAUCACGAGCGCACGGGCCGGGAACAGGGAAGGAAGAGGGGGGGGGCGAACACAUUUCGGACCGGCCGCAUCAGCCAUGAACCCCGGCAGCGUGAAGCCCAAGUAAACGGAGCUCUCGCACCAUCAACGCGUCGAGGAUGAACGGGACCGCGGCGGCCACCGGGUCGGCUUCCUGCCGGUUCGCCCACUAUUUUGUUGAGUGUGGAGUGGACCCGGAGACGGGCCUGGAGCCGGACGAUGGAGCAGGUGAAGGCUUCGAGCAGAGCCCCAUUCGACGCUCGUUCAAGUCCAAGGUUCUGGUGCACUAUCCUGAAAGCACAGACAGAAACCCCUUCAAUAAAGAUGCUGUCAACAUGCUCUGCAUGCCGAGGGGUCUCUCCUUCCGUACGCGGGCAGAGCGGCUUGACCCUCAGUUUCACUCCUUCACGAUGUCUUUUGACGACGGCACACGCUCCUACGGCUUUGUGCACACCUUCUAUGAGGAGGUGACCAGUGCUCCCAUCAUCACUGCUAUGCAGACUCUCUGCCAGAUGCACCACGUGGAGCACCAUUCAGCUUCAUCUGCAUCCUCUCCCUCCUCCUCCGCCUCCUCGUCUUCAUCUGCCUCCUCCCCCUCCACCUCCAGCAUGGACUCGCUAGUGAGCAGCUUGGAUGAGUCGGACACCGAGUCUCUGGUUUCCGCUUGCCUCGGCUGCGCAGGCUCCUUUGACCCAGCUCGUGACACUCUGUACGUGUCCAAAGCCCUCUGCCUCCUCACGCCGCUCCCCUUCCUCCAAGCUGCUCGAGAGUUUCUGUCUCAGCUGCACCAGGCUGUGACUUCUCACACAGCCCCGCCCCUCCCUAUCGAGAGCUACAUCCAUAACAUCCUGUACGAGGUGCCCCUGCCUCCUCCUGGCAGGUCACUGAGGUUCCAUGGGGUGCAGGGACCCAUCGUGUGCCAGCGGCCCGGCCCGGGUGAGCUUCCCCUGGGGGAGUAUCCUCUUGGAGAGGCCUUCUCACUGCUGGGUGUGGACAAUAUGGUUCAACUGCUUACCUGUGCACUUCUGGAGACACAAGUCCUGCUUUGCUCUCAUGACUACCAACGUCUGAUGACAGUGGCAGAGGGCGUCACCACCUUGCUCUUCCCAUUCCAGUGGCAACACAUCUACCUGCCCAUUGUUUCAGCCCCGCUGCAUCACCUCCUGGACGCUCCGGUGCCGUUCCUGAUGGGCAUCCAGCGCAGAGAUGGAUCUCAGCGCUCCUCCCUCCACCUGCCACACGAGACAAACCUGUGCUUUGUGGACAUUGACAACCGCUGUGUGGAGGCACCCGAGGACCUCCCCGUUUUCCCAGCCCAAACGGAGUUAGUCCAUGAGCUGAGUGAAGUCCUGCUGCGUUUCGGACUUCCUCCACAAGGCGGGGUGGUCACCGCGCCUGCCACCGCCUCCCCUCGCCUGAGCAGCCUGGUGCUGGAGGAUCUGAUGGAGGACAGAAGGAACGGGAACCUCGGAGGCGAGGAGCUGGAGGUGCUGGAGAGGCUGCAGGCUCUGGCGCGCAGGUGCGGAGGAGAGAAGACGUCCGAUGGAGGGAAGACGCUAGGACACGCGUUUGAGGAGGAGGAGGAAGUGCUGAAGGCUGCGAAGCUGAACAUACAGCUCAGGGAAGUGUUUGCUGGUCGUUUCGCUGCCAUGUUUGGCCGCUAUGAGGAGUUUGUCAUCCACAGCGCUCUUGAUCUGGACUCCUGGCUGAGCAACCGAGAGGGGACGUUCAGCUUUGACAAGGGUUCCUUCCUCUCAGGUCAGCCUGCAACCCAUCUGCACUUCUUGUCCCGGUUCCUGGAGACAUCCAUGUUUUCCUCCUUCGUGGAUGGGAAGGUGAUAUCUCGCUGGGCGGAUAGAGAACCACUGCAGCAGCUGUUUGACAGCCGCCUGGAGAGAGAGCGGCUGUGUGACACAGAUGGAGAGGACUCUCGUAACUGUCGCUACAGGAAAUGCACCACAGUCUUUGAAUCAGCUCAGGUCAUCGAGCGCAGGCUGCUGAAGGCUGACCACACAGCCAUACACCCCCACCUUCUGGACAUGAGGAUCGGCCAGGGUCGUCACCACCCGGGCUACUUCCCUAAGCUGCAGGCGGAUGUCCUUGCACAAGGACAGAACACCAACAAGUGGUCAGGCCGUGUCACAGCAUCUCGCAGGACUGACCUCAAGAGAUCAACUGUGACUGAACACGUUGGAGUGGACAAUGACCAGCGACUGAAGCACACGUUUGUGAGGAAGAACCUUCGCCAGGCUAAGCUACUUGACUCAUCGCCUCAAGCCGUCACUCAGACUCACCGUGAGUUUGUCGACGGGCUGCUGAACGAGUGUCGUCUGAAGACCAAACGGAUGCUGAUGGAGAGGAUGGGGAAGGAGAGCGUGGAGCUGGGUCAGGGGGAAGCCAACAUCACGGGCCUUCAGGAAAACACACUCAUCCACGGUCUGUGUGACCUACUGGAGAGAACCUGGGGCCACGGUCUGCAGCUGAAACAGGGGAGGUCGGCUCUUUGGUCCCAUCUGCUCCACUACCAGGCGGCCCGGGUGAAGACGGAGACACCAGCUGAGUCUCCAGGGUCCAACGGUUCGGACCACAGAACGUUUCAUGUUGGCACUCUGCUGCCGAGAAGAUCGUUAAUACAGGAUAUGAGGUUUAUCCAGACCAUGCGCGAGGGUCUGUCAGAGGUGGGUCAAGCUCGGGCCUGGAUCCACCUGGCUCUGGAGAAGAAAAUGCUGUCCCAUCACCUGAAAGAGCUGCUGACAAACCAGGAGCUGCUCAGGCAGCUGUAUAAACCUCAUGCGUUCCUGCUCUGUGAGGAAGAAAGGGAGCAGUUUCUGUUCCACCUGCUCUCUCUCAACACUGUGGACUACCUCUGCUUCACACGCGUGUUCACCUCCAUCAGUAUUCCAUACCGUGUUGUUAUAAUACCCAUGACGAAGCUGAGCAUUGCAAUGGCAACAGUUGACCCUUGGGUGUGUGUGUCCGGGGAACUGGGUGAUUCAGACGUUAGACAGAUCCCGAAGAAUACACAAGAGAUUUAUUUCCAGUGCAAGAACCUGGGCCGGCUGAGCACGCUGCAGCUGGGGCAGGAGAACUCUGGCUUGCUGGCUAAGUGUCUGAUUGACUGUGUGAUGGUGUACAAUGAGAUCACUGAACACACCUACAAGUUCCCGUGUGGCCGAUGGCUGGGGAAAGGCGUGGGCGACGGCAGCUUGGAAAGAGUUCUUAUUGGUCAGCUGGUGUCAUCUGGAGGAGAAGAGGAUGCUGGAAGGUGGACAGGGACGCCUCCGGAGCUGGCCUCUCCUUCUCAGACUGUGCGGGCAGUGCUGGAAUCGCUUGGCAGCCGAAGCAGAAUACUUUCUGUUGAAGUCCAAGAGGAUUUGAGGGAGGCAGCAAAUAACCUGGUGAAACACUUCCACAAACCUGAACAGGAGAGGGGAAACCUGACCGUCUUGUUGUGUGGUGAAGGCGGUCUGGUGCUUUCCUUGGAGAAGUUCCUCCUGCACGGGCUCAAAACUAACCGUCUUUUCCAGAGGAAUGUGUUUGUUUGGGACUUUAUUGAAAAGGCAGUGGUUUCCAUGGAGACAGCUGAUCAGAUGGGUGACCUGCACAGAUCAACCAUGACAAAAGGCCCCCCUUGCGACUUACUUUGUCACUACGUCAAUGCCAUCAAUGCCUCGCCACGAAACAUUGGAAAAGAGGGCAAAUUUCAGCUGUUGGUCUGCUUGGGCAUCAGGGACCGGCUUCUCUCUCACUGGCUCCCCCUGCUGGCCGAGUGUUCCCUGACAGUGCGGACAUAUGAGGACGGUGCUCUGUUGCAGGACCGAGCUGCUCUACACUCCCUCUCCCGCAUCCUGCACACACUCAAUGAGUUUACCAUUACACUGGAGACGGCACUGGUCAAAGGAGUUGACCUCUGACCCUAACAGAUAAGCCCCUGCUCUAUGACCUCCUGUGGGAAUACAGAUGGGUUCAAACAUUCAUCUUGCCAUCUGUUGGGAAAGGAAGGACAUUCAGACACUUGAGAAAUGGGACUUUUUCAUAAAAGAAGACAGUGGACCAGAGCAACUCACUGGCAGUUCAAGCUCCAAACAUGUCGCCUUGUUCACUGAUGUAAAUGUCGUAUAUACUGUAUUUGCUUCAAGUAAAGUCAGAUGUUCCAUGAUUGUUUACACUGUGAAAUUCUGUUUCUUCAAGGAGAAAUAGAAAGUCAUCCAUUAUCCCACAUUUACAGUAGAUAAUUCCACAGCUCACACCAUUAAAUGUACCUGACCCUAGGACAACUAUAACUCUCCUUUAACUGCUCGUAUUGUUUGUACUUGACUAAGCACAUGCAUGGCCAAAAUCGGUUGUUUGUUUUAUGUCUUUGUGUGUUGUGAUCUGAAAAAUCAGGACUUGAUUAGGCCUUAUUGCGUAAAAAAAAAGGACUUUAUUUAUUGGAUAUCUUAGUAAAUAUACUCUACAAAGAUAAUGUUCCUAUUCAAUACUAUGUUACAAAAUGUUCUAUUAGUAUGCUCUUGUUAUGCUGUGUAAUAUCUUGCCUGUUUAUCCUUGUUUACUAUAGUUUGGGGUCCCACAAUUUAUAAUCCUGAAAUCCUGUUGGUGAAACACUGAAAACAAACUGCUGUCCUAAUUGUAUCAGGCGUUGAUACUUUGUCAGAAAGGUUCUUUUCCCUCACUCAUUGUAAAUAUGUCUCUUCAUUAGACCUUUGAAAUAAUUGCUCCCAUGUGUUCAAGUGUAAUGAAUUUGUGGCACAUUUUUUUGUAUGAAGGAAGGCAUCUUGUUUGUGUCUGUAAAACAGUCUACAGAACAUGAAUAGAGUUCAGUUUCUACACAUCUCUGUAUUAUGUUGUCACAUUUACUUUAAUCGUUAAAUAAUUAUGAACAUUCUGUCUCCUGCACUGUCCUGCGAGCACUAUGUAACGACAAUGACCAAGCCUCUAUUAUAAUUUAAUAAAGAUUAGAUAAAGCAAUAAUAAAUUGUUAUUUAUGAAAUGUGUUGUCAAAGAUUAAAGUUAAUAUUGACAUAACUGA